GACGUGCGGUUACGUCAUAACUAUGCGCAGAGCUGAGGUGGCGUUGGAGAGGAGGUUGUUUCCCAGCUCCUCACCUGAAAUCCUCGCGGCAGCUCUCAUCAUGACAAAACUCGUGGAGUGGCUGUUCGGUGUGUCGGUGGUGGGCGCAGCCUGGGCUUUGGUCUCUUUUGACCUGUUGGACCUGAGCCUGCCGCAGACUUACAGAGAGGUCGCCUGGCCGAUGCCUCUGUACCUGCUGGUUUCAUUUGGCUGCUACUCCCUGGCCACGGUGGGCUACAGGGUAGCCACCUUUAAUGACUGCGACGAGGCGGCAAAAGAGCUGCAGGGGCAGAUAAAAGAAGCCAAAGAGGACUUAAGGAAAAAGGGAUUAAAGAUGUAGAACUUGAGAAGGCGGAACUUUUGAGAGACUGAAAGGGAUGAACGGACUACUUUUACAGAUGACCUGUCUGACUCCCUCUUUUUUUUGUUUCCAGCAGACAUGAUCUGAACACCAGUUGUGACUCUUUAUGCAGCAUAGUUUUGUCUUGUUUAGUGUCAUCUUUUUCAAAUAAGACUUAGAUCAAAUGUGCUUUAGGAAAUUAGAAAUUAACAGCCAGUGAUUCAGUUUGUAACAGGUGGUUUAGCUGAUUAACACACCUCAAACCAGAUAAAAGAAAGGAGCUAAACGGUGCACAAAGAUAGUGUUGUCUUUGGAUGUGAACGGCACACAGUUUAAUCUCUCUGAGAACCACUGCUCUGCCAAAUUAUCAUCUGUAACAACCAAAGGGUCACACUGGAACAAUCUCACUUAAGACUGUUAUUAGGAAUUCUCAGAGGCUUUCAAUUUGUGUCAAAUCCAAAAUAGUACUACACAGUGUGUCUGGAGAUUGUUGCUUGUCUGUAUAGAUGAACUACAUUUUAUCUGUAAAGAAAUGUACAUUCCACUGUCCAAUUUCAGACUUGUGCCCUUGGGUUAUUGCUGGAACUUAAUUAAAUUGGAGACUAUUUUUCUUCA